GGGCGCGCACUGUCCACACUGCUAAUGCACAUGCGCGUGGCUUUUCCGGUUCAGUCUUGAACGGAGCGACUGCUGUCCAGGGUGCUGAAACUGUUUUCCUGCGUGAAAACGUGACUCCAUAACCUUCUUUUGCCUGAGAAUGCAGAGCGCGAACCACACAGUGAUUGCUUGAGUCAUUCCAGACCCUGGAGCCAUGGCCGGGCGUUGCAACGGCGCUGCAGCCUGGGGCGGCCCCCUGUCCUCUGUGGCCGGGCCACUCUGCAAUGGGGUGUCAGACCAGCGCUCCAUGGUAGUUGUGUCCGAGGCCCACGGCCAGCAGAUCCUAGGCGUGCUGCGGGGCUUCAGGGAGAGGGGCCUGCUCUUCGACUUCAACAUCCUGGUGCGGGACGAGAAUUUCCCCUGCCACCGCUGCGUACUGGCUGCCUGCAGUGACUUCUUCAGGGCCAUGUUUGAGGUGAACAUGAGGGAACGAGACGACGGUACAGUAACGAUAAGCAACCUCUCAUCCCAGGCGAUCAAGGCCUUCCUGGACUUUGCCUACACAGGAGAGGCAGAGAUCACGGAGGACAAUGUGGACAUGCUCUUCCAGCUUUCCUCCUUUCUCCAGGUCUCCAUCCUCUCCAAGGCCUGCAGCGACUUCCUCGUCAAGAUCCUCGACCUCUCCAACUGCUUGCAGCUGCUGGCCGUUGCCGAGGGCUACGGUUCCUCCCGCCUUCUGCGCUGUGCCACCGAGUUCAUCACGCAGAGCUUCCACACGCUCAGCGGCACGCCCGACUUCCUGGACAUGCCCUCCUCUGUGCUGCACACCUGCCUGGCGGCUGAUGCCCUCAACGUGCCCGACGAGGAGAGCGUGCUACAGGCACUAAUGCUGUGGACCAAGCACGACCUGGAGGGGCGGCAGAGGCUGCUGCCAGACCUGCUGGCCCACGUCAGGCUCCACCAGCUGCCCCCUGCUGUCCUAGAGCAGGUAGGGCGCUCGGAGGGCCUACUGUUGGGAGAGGGCAAGUGCGCCAGGCUGGUGGGAGAGGCGGUGGAGAAGCUGAGGGAGUUCAGCGGGUUCUUCCCAGACGCCAGGCUGGCCACCACUGAGAGUUACAUCUACGUGCACAAGACAGAAGAGAAUGGCGAGAUCUGUCAUGCGUUCUGCUACAACAUCAACACGGACCGCUGGUGUGAGCUGCCGCAACAGGCGGCGCGCCUUGCCGACAUGCCCGGCUCCAGUAUGGCCAGCUUCGGUGAGAAGCUCUUUGUGACGGGUGGCUGCCACGGCAACUGCUGCCGCGCGGUGCGCCUGCACAUCGCCGAGCCACACCACGAAGCCACGGAGGAGACGUGGUGCUACUGCCCCGUGUCGGAAAGCUUCAGUCCGGCGCCGCCCAUGCAGAGGCCGCGCACCAUGCAUGUGUCGGUCACAGCGCUCGACCGCAUCUACGUGAUCGGCGGCAAGACCAGGGGCCCGCGCGGGGUCCGGAGCCUGCUGGACGUGGAGUACUACGACCCGCUGAAGCGGCGCUGGCGCUCUGUGAGCCCGCUGCCCCGGGGCAUCUACUUCCCAGAGGCCAGUGCGUGCGGCAGCGUCAUCUACACGCUGGGCUCCGAGGUGGAGAUGGCCGACGUGUUCAACCCCUCGCUGGACUGCUUCUUCCGCUACGACGCCGCCAACGACCAGUGGAGCCAGCUGGUGGCAGAGUUUGGCCAGUUCUUCCACGCCACGCUGGUCAAAGCGGUCCCUGUGAAUGAGACACUCUACCUGUGUGACCUAUCCACCUACAAGGUGUACAGCUUCUGUCCCGAGACGUGCGUCUGGAAGGGCGAGGGGUCGUUUGAGUGCGCCGGCUUCAAUGCGGGCGCCAUUGGCGUCAGAGACAAGAUCUACAUCCUGGGCGGGGACUAUUCCCCCGACGAGAUCACAGACGAGGUGCAGGUGUACCACAGCGGUCGCUCCGAGUGGGAGGAGGUGGCACCAAUGCCACGAGCACUCACCGAGUUCCACUGCCAGGUGGUCAGCUUCAACCGCUACAGGGACCCCUGGAGGACCGACCCAGUUGAGUCGCCAUGAAGACCAUCCAUGGAGAACUACUGCAGGGAGGAAACGCUGCACUCACACCACCUCCUCUACCCCCAUAUGAGAGCACCACUGAGGAGAAUUGCUACUUUAAUGUGUCUUAAUGUGUCUUUAUGAAUUUGAUAAUUUUUUGACUAUUUAACAGUCAGGUUGUAUUCUCAGCAUUCAACAUUUUUAUGUUUUGUUCUCAUAUUUUAUUAUAGCAUUGCAAUUUUUUUUUACUGUUCCAAAUACAGAAUUUCAUUUGUAUUUAAUAUGUUACAUUUUUUACAACAGUCAUAGAUGGAAGUGGGACAUUUCCAUGAGGUAUGCUGUCAUCUUCCAUGCAGAGUAUCAGGCCCCUCCCGUGGAGGCAUGUACAGCAGCCGGCCUGGUCCUGUGCAUUAGACCCAGAAGAGCCAUAUAAACCUACUGUUUUCAGACAUUUUCAGUCCAUGUAGGAGUGUUGAAGUGAUUACAUUCUCCUCUCCACAGUCAUCCAGUCAGUCCUCGCUGUCCACUCAUAGUAUGUAUGCUAGCAAAGAACAUGUCUCACUCGAUAGAUAGAUUCUACAAAUGUUCACACCAACAGACUUAUUUCUGUGUGUCAUCUCUGAAAAUGUAUUCUUAUUGUUCAAUGCAAAGUGUGGUGUGCAAAAAAAUAUGCAGGCCGUAAUGCGUGUGUGAUGUUAAGCUGCCAGCUGAUAGCUCGCUCGCUGCUACGCUUCUGUCUUUGUAGAUAUUGCACAACCCAUGGCCGUCGUCUCCACAGUGCCUAUGUGUCUGAAUGCCUUUGGCUUAUUAACCAUCUCACCAAAUACUAACGCGUCACACUUGGACAUUAAUCUGUAAUGCUGCAACCAUGAAGAGAAUAUAAAAGUCCAUAGCAUAUGAAUCCCAAAUACUGUAUGUCAGUCCUAUGAUCGAUCACAUUAAAGAGAUAAGCCAA